UUCCGCAGCAUCCAUCAUCCAUCCAUCUCGUCGCCCCGCACCAAACCAAACCCUCACCGGCUCGCCGCGACCCACUCGCCGGCGCGGAUGGGAGCACCCAACGCCGGCGCUCUCGCCGCUUAUCCCUAAGCAGUCCGCGCGCCACGGAUCUGAUUAGCCGCUCGUUGCGUCCCCGGAGAUGGCGACGGGAUCCAUGGAGGCGGCCCUCAUGAGCGAUCCGACGAUCAAGCUCCCCGACGACCUCCUGGUCGAGGUCAUCUCGCGUGUGCCCUACAAGUCCACCCGCUGCUGCAAGUGCGUCUCCACGCGCUGGCGGGACCUCAUCUCCCACCCCGAUCACCGCGAGAAGCUUCCCCGGUCGACCCUCGCCGGCUUCUUCUACAAAACCUACGGCAUGGGCCGCGAUUCACGGCUUCCUCAUGUUUACCAAAGCGUCUCGGGGAACUGGUGCCCUCUUGACGCCUCACUCUCGUUCCUACCUGAAUGCGGGGAGCUCGACAUCUUGGAUUGCUGCAACGGCCUCCUCCUCUGCCGACGCCGGACUGCCCCCAAGUCGUGGGAUGACCCUGGUACUUUGGAGUACGUGGUGUGCAAUCCUGCUACUGAGAGAUGGGUAUCCGUGCCCGAGUAUUCCUUGUUCGUGAACGAUGCUCGCCUGGGAUUCGACCCGGCCAUCUCCUCCCACUUCCAUGUGUUCGAGUUGGUAACUGCCGUGGCUUUGGAUCUGAAUAAUAAGUAUGAUUAUCGCAUCGAAGAGGUGGGGAUAUACUCUUCCAAAGCUGGUGGUUGGACGCAUCAAAUUGUUUGGGACAAUUCAAUUGAGAUACUCUGCUUAUCAGGUGGCGCAUUUUUCAACGGAGUGUUGUAUUUACGUUCUGAUAGUAAUACAGUUGCAGCCAUCGACGUGCAGGGUAAUUAUAGGAUCAUUCCUAUUCCUACUUCACCUGAUGCUCGUGGUGUUCCUAAUGUUUAUGUAUCACGAGGACAAUUGUAUCUCACAGAUCAUGCUUCUUCUGAACUGUCAAUCUGGGUUCUUGAAGAUUCUAUUAAUGAAAAUUGUUGGACAUUGAAGCUCAAAGUCAGCUACAUGCAACUGGUCGGAGUAGAGUAUUCAAGCGCCGGGGAACAUUAUAGUGUUAUCUCAGCCCACCCAGAAGACAAUGUGAUAAUUGUAGAAUCUGCAUCGAGGAUCUUUCCGCAGAUGAAAUUAUUGUCAUACAAAAUGGAUUCGAGGGAGCCGCGUUUCGUAUGUGAUCUUGGACGGAAUUCAAGGUGCCCUUAUCUUCCAUAUGUUCCUUUGUUCUCGGAGUCAUUAGCGGAUGGGCACUAAAUGUUUGUGUAUUGAAGCCUUCACACUUGUCCAUCUUUCUGAUGAUGAUAGUGAACUUAGAUCUUGAAUAUGAGCAACAGUUAUCUGGUUAAGUUGUGAUAUGCUGUUGGUGCUUGAUUGAAGUCAUGUACCUAACAUUAUGCUGCUAGCUAUUCAGUCAACUUCUCUGUUAAUCAUGAAUAUGUGACCGUUAUAUAUACAUACGGCAUGUACCUGUUGGUGCUUGAGUGAUGUAUAUGACAGUACUCUGCCUGUGUUUGUGUAGUGUUAUAUAUAUUGGAACUAUUAUGAAUAUUUUAA